GAAGAAAAUGUGAAAAUUGUCCUCAUGAACCCAAAUAUUGCUUCAGUGCAGACCAAUGAGACUGGCUUAAAGCAGGCUGAUGCUGUCUACUUCCUCCCCAUCACUCCGCAGUUUGUUGUAGAGGUCAUCAAGGCAGAGCGUCCCGACGGAUUAAUUCUGGGCAUGGGUGGCCAGACUGCUCUCAACUGUGGAGUGGAACUCUUCAAGCAAGGAGUCCUGCAGCAGUAUGGUGUGAAGGUCCUAGGUACAUCAGUUGAAUCCAUCAUGGCUACAGAGGAUAGAAAGCUUUUUUCCGAUAAACUGACUGAGCUAAAUGAAAAGAUUGCUCCUAGCUUUGCAGUGGAAUCGAUUGAAGAUGCUCUGAAGGCAGCUGAAAAGAUUCGCUACCCAGUGAUGAUACGCUCUGCCUAUGCCCUUGGUGGUCUGGGAUCAGGAAUAUGUUCUGAUAAGGAAAGUUUGCUGGACCUUGGUACAAAGGCAUUUGCAAUGACUAACCAAAUUCUGGUGGAAAAGUCAGUCGUUGGCUGGAAGGAGAUAGAGUAUGAAGUUGUGAGAGAUGCUGCUGAUAACUGCAUUGCUGUCUGCAAUAUGGAAAACAUUGAUGCUAUGGGAGUCCACACAGGAGAUUCUAUCGUAGUGGCUCCAAGCCAGACACUCACUAAUGAAGAGUUCCAGAUGCUGAGGGACCAUGCCAUCAAAGUUGUCCGACAUUUGGGCAUUGUGGGAGAGUGUAAUAUCCAGUUUGCUCUGCAUCCAACUUCCCUGGAGUACUAUGUCAUUGAAGUUAACGCCAGGCUCUCGAGAAGUUCAGCUUUGGCCUCCAAGGCGACAGGGUAUCCAUUAGCCUUCAUUGCUGCCAAAAUUGCCCUGGGGAUUCCCUUGCCAGAAAUCAAGAAUGUGGUGACAGGAAAAACCUCUGCCUGCUUUGAGCCCAGCCUUGACUAUGUUGUUACCAAGAUACCCCGCUGGGAUUUGGACCGUUUUCAGCAUACAUCCAACCGGAUUGGGAGCUCCAUGAAGAGUGUGGGAGAGGUCAUGGCUAUCGGGCGCACUUUUGAGGAGAGCUUCCAGAAGGCCCUGAGAAUGUGCCACCCCUCAGUAGAUGGUUUCACUUCACAUCUGCCUAUGAACAAAGCCUGGCCAACCACCACAGACCUCCAGACGGAGCUCUCUGAGCCAUCCAGCACUCGGAUACAUGCAAUAGCCAAGGCCUUGGAUAACGAAGUCCCCGUGGAUGUCAUUCACAAACUCACAGCCAUUGACAAGUGGUUCCUGUAUAAGAUGCGCAGCAUUGUGAACAUGGAGAAGAUCCUGAAGGAAGUGAACAGUGAAACAGUUCCAGAAGAGAUGCUGAGGAGGGCCAAACAGAUCGGGUUCUCUGACAAACAGAUGGGGAAAUGCCUGAGGCUGACUGAAGUCCAGUGCCGUCAGCUGAGAGUGAGGAAGAACAUAGUGCCCUGGGUGAAACAGAUUGACACACUGGCAGCAGAAUACCCAACGGUGACUAAUUACCUCUAUGUCACGUACAAUGGGCAGGAGCAUGAUGUAAAAUUUGAUGACUGUGGAGUGAUGGUGCUGGGCUGUGGACCGUAUCACAUAGGCAGCAGCGUGGAGUUUGAUUGGUGUGCUGUCUCCAGUAUCCGCACGCUGCGUCAGCUUGGCAACAAGACUGUCGUCGUGAAUUGCAACCCGGAGACGGUGAGCACAGAUUUUGAUGAGUGUGACAGACUGUACUUUGAGGAGCUGUCAUUGGAAAGGAUCCUGGACAUCUACCAAUAUGAGGGAUGCAGUGGCUGCAUUAUUUCUGUAGGUGGGCAAAUUCCCAAUAACUUGGCAGUGCCACUGCACCACAGUGGAGUAAAGAUCCUUGGCACAAAUCCCUUGAAGAUUGACCAGGCAGAAGAUCGCUCCAUAUUCUCAGCUAUUCUGGAUGAGCUGCAUGUGGCCCAGGCCCCCUGGAAGGCAGUCAGUACACUGAGAGACGCAGUUGAAUUUGCAAGCUCAGUGAGAUACCCAUGUUUGCUGAGGCCCUCCUAUGUUCUGAGUGGGUCUGCAAUGAAUGUAGUAUUCACUGAAGAGGAAAUGAAGAAGUUCUUAGCAGAAGCCACCAGAGUCUCUCAGGAUCACCCUGUGGUACUCACUAAAUUUAUUGAAGAUGCCCGGGAGGUAGAAAUGGAUGCUGUAGCCCAGGCAGGAAGAGUUAUUUCACAUGCUAUUUCAGAGCAUGUGGAGGACGCAGGGGUUCACUCUGGAGAUGCUACCCUCCUGUUACCCACACAGACUAUUAGCCAGGGAGCCUUGGAGAAGAUAAAAGCUGCUACAAAAAAGAUUGCAAAUGCCUUUGCCAUCUCUGGUCCGUUUAACAUCCAGUUCUUGGUGCAAGGCAACAAUGUGCUGGUGAUAGAGUGCAACUUGCGCGCUUCACGCUCCUUCCCCUUUGUAUCGAAGACUCUGGGUGUGGACUUCAUUGAUGUGGCCACUAAAGUGAUGAUUGGAAAAGAGAUUGAUGAAUCAUCCCUCCCCACAAUGGAACGUCCCAUUAUUUCAUCCAAAUAUGUUGGGGUUAAGGCCCCAAUGUUUUCCUGGUCCCGAAUGAGAGAUGCUGACCCUGUUCUCCGAUGUGAAAUGGCCUCUACUGGGGAGGUUGCAUGCUUUGGGGAGGAUGUGUACUCUGCCUUCCAGAAGGCUAUGCUUGCCACAGGGUUUACAUUUCCUAAGAAGGGAAUUUUGGUUGGAAUCCAGAAGUCCUUCCGCCCCAGAUUCCUCAGUGUAGCAGAGCUACUGCAUGAGAGAGGCUUCAAGAUUUAUGCCACAGAAGCAACCUCAGACUGGCUCAAUGCUAAUGGUAUCCCAGCAAAUCCUGUGGCAUGGCCAUCACAGGAAAGCCAGAGUCCAAGCCUCCCCUCAGUCAGGAGGUUGGUAAGGGAUGGGAAAAUAGAUUUGGUGAUUAACCUUCCCAACAGCAACACCAAGUUUGUCCAUGAUAAUUAUGUGAUUCGGAGGAUGGCUAUUGACAGUGGGAUUGCUCUGCUCACUAACUUCCAGGUGACAAAGCUUUUUGCUGAAGCUUUCAAAUACUCUGGGAAAUUGGACUCCAGGAGUCUCUUCCACUACAGACAGCUGGACAAUGGAAACGCUGCAUAG